AUGCUCAACCUCGUGCCCAACCUAGUGCCCAACCUAGUGCCCAACCUCAUGCCCAACCUCAUGCCCAACCUCAUGCCCAACCUCGUGCCCAACCUCAUGCCCAACCUCGUGCCCAACCUAGUGCCCAACCUCAUACCCAACCUUAUGCCCAACCUCAUGCCCAACCUAUGCCCAACCUACAUGCCCAACCUUAUGCCCAACCUAGUGCCCAAACUCAUGCCCAACCUCAUUUCUUACCUCAUGCCCAACCUCAUGCCCAACCUCAUGCCCAACCUCAUGCCCAACCUAGUGCCCAACCUCAUGCCCAACCUCAUGCCCAACCUCAUGCCCAACCUAGUGCCCAACCUAGUGCCCAACCUAGUGCCCAACCUCGUGCCCAACCUCGUGCCCAACCUAGUGCCCAAACUCAUGCCCAACCUCAUUUCUAACCUCAUGCCCAACCUCAUGCCCAACCUAGUGCCCAACCUCAUGACAACCUGGUGCUCAACCUAA